UGGGCACCGGCAUGGAAAAAGGGCCUUCCAGUCGCAAAAAGUUCCACAGCUACUCUAUGGUGGGAAGCUGGAUUUCCUGGUUUUUGAUUAUCUUUCUGAAAUUACAAUGUCUUUGCUAGCUACUGCCAAAGUCAAAUCUCCAGACUUAGGAUAUACUCCAGAUUUUGUAUUAACUGCAAUGGCUCCUUAUAUAAAGGACAUACACAGGAAAGGUAUUCGUGUUGUCAGUAAUGCAGGUGGAGUGAAUCCGCUUGCAUGUGCUGCUGCUCUCCAGCAAGUGUCAAAAAAGGCUGGUGUUGACUUGAAGAUAGCUGUUGUUACUGGUGAUGAUUUGAUGGGAGAGUUAAACAACAUAAAAGACAUUAUCUUGAAAGGGUAUAAUGGAGAAAUGCUUCCAGAAAAUAUUCACAGCAUGAACGUAUAUCUGGGUGCAAGACCAAUAAGCAGAGCUCUUGACCUAGGAGCAGAUGUUGUGAUUACUGGAAGAUGUGUUGACAGUAGUCUUGUUUUGGGACCACUAAUUCAUUCUUUUGGCUGGAAUAGAAAUGACUUUAACCUCUUAGCAUCUGGAAGUCUUGCAGGUCAUCUGAUUGAAUGUGGUGCUCAAUGUACAGGUGGAAUAUUCACUGACUGGCAUAUCGUUCCGGACUGGCAUAACAUCGGUUUUCCCAUAGUAGAAUGUUCUUCUGAUGGAAGUUUUAUUGUAUCCAAACCACCUAACACAGGGGGCCUGCUGUCAUUUGGCACAGUGGCAGAGCAGUUGGUAUAUGAAAUUGGGAAUCCUAUGGAAUAUCUUUUACCAGAUGUGACAUGUGAUUUCUCUCAAGCUUCCCUUACUGAAAUUCCAGGCAUUGAAGGUGGAGCAGUGAAAGUUCAGGGAGCAAAAGGAUCACCUCCUUCAUCCUUUUAUAAGGUAAAUGCCACUUACUUUGAUGGAUUCAGAGCUACAGCUUGCUGCCCAGUGGGAGGACCAAAAGCAAUAGAAAAAGGAAAGCGAACUGCUGAUAGUAUUUUGGAAAGAACUCGUAUUAUGUUUGAUCAGCUAGGAUAUGAAGAUUACAGUGCAACUAAUAUACAGAUUUUAGGUUCUGAAGAAACAUAUGGACCACAUGCCAAACUGAACACCAAAGGGGGUCCCCGUGAAGCUGUUAUUUGGCUUUCUGUACUUCAUAAGCAGAAAAAGGCAGUGGAAAUCUUUUCACGAGAGAUUGCUCCAGCUGGAACAGGAAUGGCACCUGGUCUCACUGGAAUUCUUGGAGGCCGCCCCAAAGUAUCUCCAGUUCUAAAACCAUUUUUCUUCCUUUAUCCAAAAGAGAAUGUCAAGAUUGACAUAUUUAUGAAUGGACAACAUGUUGAAACAUUUGAGGAUGAUCUUUCAUUCACUUCAGAUGCAACUGUUUCUUAUGAAGAACCCCAGAAUCAAGAAGAUUUGAAAGAUCUGCCAAAUGGUCCACAUACAUAUCGUCUGGAAGAUCUUGCCUAUACCAGGAGUGGGGACAAAGGCAACACAGCAAACAUUGGUGUUAUAGCCCGGCAUCCCCUCUGUUUCCCAUAUCUCAAGAAAGCAUUAACUGCUCAGGCUAUAAAAGAUUAUUUUCAGCAUCUUUUAGAGUCAGAACAGCCUGAAGAGAACUUGGUCACAAGGUACGUCUUGCCAGGAAUCCAUGGUUUAAACUUUGUUCUGAAGAACUCCCUUGGUGGUGGUGGUACAGCAUCUCUGAGAAGUGACCCACAGGGCAAGGCAUUUGGGCAGAUGCUACUAGACUUCCAGAUUAAAAAUGUUCCAGAUUUAAAAUCCUUAAUAGAAUAAUAUCAUUAGUCUCAUCCAACUAUGAAAACUUGCUAAAUGAAUAUCAACUAGAAGUAAAGUCAAAUAUAAAGAAACCACUAAAUGUGGUGGCGGCAAUUACCAGUCUAAGGUUUAACUCCUAAUGCACAGAUAAGGGAAUGUUCUGAGUAAUGCCAGAUUUGUUGCUUUGUAAGUGACUGGUAUUUCCUGUCUAGUGCAUUAGAUGAAGAGCCUAUUUGUUUCCUGUUAAUAUAAUUAAGCAAUAAAUUAUAGAGUACUUGGUGAGAGAUAACCACUGUUCCCAAAUAAAAACUUUGUCUACUGCUUUCUGGUACUGCAAUAAAAUUAGCAACAUUGAUUAAUGUGGUACUAUAGAACCUGCACUGUUAAAGCAUCACUGUUUCAAAGCUGAUUCUACUUUAUAGGAUUGAAUAGGUGUUAAUGUCUCUGUAGUAUCUCUGAUAACACUAGUUACUCGUGACAAAUGUUAUUUUUGUAUUGUUUCAUUGUCAAAUGUACAGAAAAGUUUGGGUUUCUUUGUUCAGUCUUCAGUUUUUCAUGGUUAUGGAAAUAUACUUACUGGAUUAGCACUGAUUUAAUUGAGGAACUCCUGGUAUUGUUCUGAAGAACGAACUAAACUCUAUUACUCUGUGGUUACUUCAGAAUAUUGCAUCAGGGGCCUCAAAUGAUUGCAGUACCUAGCUAGUUGGGUCAGAUGUAAUACAUAUAUUCAGUAAAUGCAUAGUAAGAUAAAUGAUAUGAUUGUAUGUAGCUAAUAAAAUAUCACUGUAGAUAUCUCCA